AUGUACGAAGGGGUUGACAACCUGAAAUCCCUUUACGACCGUGCCGGGAAGACAUUGUCCGGCGGUCCUUCUGCGGCACAGGACGUGCCGCGUCGUACUGCUCAACCAGACCCAGUACGUCGAUCAUCAGCUGGGAGCGGGGCUCCCAAGAAUCCCAGGACGGGGGAUAGCCGCGCCACCGGACGAGAUAACUCGUCCGACGUCCGUUCACGUCGCGGUGGUUCAACAGCUGCUCAACCAGGUGGCGCUGGCCACCACGAGAGGCCUCCAGAGAAGGUGGAGGAGGAGGGAAGACGCUCUCCAAGCCUCUUUGAUCGCGUAACUCAAGGGUUACGCGACGAUCUCGAGCAUGAGCGGGACAGACGUCUUCAGUUGGCGGACGCUGUCUUGAAGCAUCGAGAUGACUUUGCCUUUGCUCAGCUUCAGAACGAGAGAGCUCUGACGUCUCUGCGUAACGAGCUAAGGGUAGCUCACGCGGAAAUUGACCGUUCUCGGGCUGAGAUAACUGCUCUUCUGACCCUUAUCGAUAGCCAACAUCGGGAGCACAAGGCUCUCUGUGAGAUGCUUGAGCGCAAGGGCGUUCUUCAUCGGAAGAAGCAGCGUACUGAUGGUACGGCUUAA